CUUCACCAGCCGCCUCGCAGUUCGGAUCGUCGUCUGCGCGUUGGGUUUGAAAAUCGUUAGGUCGUUCCAAGGGUUACCAAUUUCGUAGGGGCUUCCACAGUGUUGUGAGUUUUAGAAGGCGCGUCGGUUAAGGUGAAUUCGGUCGUUUAGUUUCUCGUGGAAAGUGUCAAAUUUGGGAGGAAAUCAGCGUGCGAAAGGGCGUGCGUGUGAUUGUGUGUGAGAGUUGAAAGGAAGAAGAUUCUCCUCGCGGCUGUCAAAAGUUUGAGGGAGCGGAAGAAGCGAGGAAGAGAAAAGAGUGCGCAAAUGUUUAUGUAAAUUUUUCAUUUUGCACACGCACACUCACUCACAGCAGCCGGGCUUUUGGAGGUUAGAAAGGCGAAAGAAGAUUCUUGUUACGGAGAAGUGUGUGCGUGAGGGUUGGCUCGUCUGCGGCGUGUUUGAUAACAGCCCUGGAGACAGCAAAUUAUCUGUGAAAAGAGGAAAUUCUUUUGAAAAGUUGGUGUGAGUGAUUUUUGGCAGAUCCAAGAAAAGAAGAAGAGCAAGAGCUGAGUGUCCAGCUGAAGGCGCGCGCGUGUUUUGUUUUGGGUCGCUCACAGGCGCCUGGGAGAGCGAGCGAGAGAGAGUCACUCACGCGAGUUUGACAGUUUCGGUCUGUCAAAGCUGCUGCUCGGGAAGAAAAACACACACAGAGAGCAAGUUCAGCAAGUCCUCCUCCUCGGGCAAACACUGCAAGAGACCCCGGAGAAGAAGCUGUGCGUCUGGUCCAAGGGAACCCGCUGCCAGGAUCAGGAUCUGGUGUGCUGCCAGUACGAGUUUAUUCACGCCAGUGACCACAUCCGAGCAGGUCCUGGAAAACGGCAGGACAUCGUGAUUCGUCGAAAAGUAUCGCGCGCGAGUGAAUUUCAGUGAUUUGUUUUGCGUCACAAGAGUGAAGAGUGUUCAGGAGUUCCGGAACAGCUUCCGGACAGCAGCUGCAGAUCCAGCAGGGGCACAAGCUCAUCUUUUUCGCCAAGGAUUACCCAGAAAGGCUUCAAACUGUGGGGCUCAGGAGCAUACUUCCUACAUCCCCAGGGGAUGUACUUUCCGCACAUGGUCCAGGGGAUGGGACCGUUUCCGGGUGCGGCCGCGGCCGGUUACCCGCCAGCACAGGCCCUCGGCGCCGCCACCGACAGUCUGUCGAUGCAGGUCGUCAAGGGUGCGGCCGGCGGUGGGGGUGUAGGCGGUGGCGGGGGCGGAGGUCUCGUGGAUCAUCCCCUCAGUAGCCUCAAGCAGCAGCAGGACCAGCUCAGCCACCAGCAGCAGCAACACCACGCACAGCAGCAGCACCAACAGCAGCAGCAGCAGGCAGUGGCAGCGGCCGCCGCGGCACAGCUCGCCAGCUCACAGUCACUCAGAAAUACUGUCAGUCAGUACAGCUCCCCAGCAUCAGUAUUAGGCGUCGUGCCGUCGUCGGUCGCGACGUCCCUCGCCGCCGCCGUUGCGUCCUCGAUGCCACCGUCGUCGCUGUCCUCGGCCUCGCUCGUCGCGGUCAGCUCGGCCAACAGCAGCCCCGGAUCGGCCGGUUCCGCCGCCACUUCCGCAGCCAGUGCCAUCGCCGCCUCGAACGGAAUUGAACAACAGACUGUUAGUAUUAAGACCGAAUUAUUGCAGCAAACGGAACCAGAAACGCAAGUCUCAAGUGCCAACAACAGCGUCAACGCCACCAGCAGCAGCAUCACCAGCAGUACGACCUCCCCAGACCCGGCUGCGGUCAGUUCCUCGAUGGCCGCCGCCAGCAGCAGCAGUAGCAGUAGUCCGGGCCUGUUGACGACGGCGACCACCACGACGACGGCCUCCGGAACGGCGCUCAGUACGGUCGCUGCGGCCCAGUUGGCCAGCCAGGUUGCCGCCCAGCAGCAACAACAGCAGCAGCAGCAGCAGGCCCAGAGUGUGGCCGCCGCCGUUGCGGCCGCGACCGCCAUGGCCGAAUCCAAAGCGCAACCAAAACGACUACACGUGUCCAAUAUUCCGUUCCGGUUUCGGGACCCGGACCUGCGGUCCAUGUUUGGGCAAUUCGGCACCAUCCUGGACGUGGAGAUCAUAUUCAACGAGCGCGGCAGCAAGGGAUUCGGUUUUGUAACAUUCGCUAAUAGUAGCGAUGCGGAGCGAGCACGCGAACGUCUUCACGGCACUGUGGUUGAGGGACGCAAGAUUGAGGUCAAUAACGCAACGGCCCGAGUUCAAAGUAAAAAGGUUCCUGCUGUGUCGAGCGUUUUCCUGGCGAAGCCUGGCACCGUGGCAGCUCCUCCCCUGGCAGCAGUUUGCGUGCCGUGGCCGACCGAAGGUUACCGACUGUCGAUGGGUGCCUGGCCCUGGCUAGGAGCAACGGCGGCCACCGUUGGCGCCACCGCGAACCCCGGUGCGGCAGCCGCACUGGCCGCCGUCGGUGCCGCCCCCCAGGCCCAGCUGGCCCAGGCCGCGAACCCGGCCGCCAUGUCCGUGACGAACCAGAUGCCGAGUGCAGCAGCCGCGGCCGCCUCGCCACUGCUGAUAGCCCAGGCCGCCCAGAGGGCUGCGGCCGCCGCGCAGAGAAGAAGUGUGUAUUACGAUCCCUUCCUGGCAGCGGCAGCGGCCCAGGCUGACCCCAACUAUCGUCUACAGGUGAGUGACUGGCUUGCGGCCAAACCCGUGACGGAAGUUCAAGCUCAGCCGACAAUGUUGAACGCGGCAGCCCCCCUGCUGAAGACGCCCAUGUCGCAGGCCCAGGCCCAGGCGUACAAUGCCGCCACCUAUACGGCCGCGGCGGCCCGCGCCGCCUACGGAGCUGCGGCCGCCGCCGCCCAGCCGACCGUCGCCGGCUACGCCACCAUCGCUGGAUACGGACGCGAAUAUGCCGAUCCCUAUCUCGGUCACGGCAUCGGACCGGUUCCCGGAUACGGGGCCACCAUGUACCGAGGAACGUACAACCGUUUUGCGCCAUACUAGAUUUAAGCAGCAGCCAACUUUUCUCCUCUCUACCAUCACGAGAUUAAUUUAGAGUAGAAACAACAAAACAACAACGCUGGGAAGAAGAAGAACAGCAGGUGAAACAGAAGUAAAUAAAAAAAAACUCUAAUCAAGGAUCGAUACCAAAGUUGUACGCGAAGCAGCUCGAGACAACCAGAACCGUCGGCGGGAAGCGUUGAACCGAAUUAUAUAUUUUUUGGUUUGCUCUUAUAGAAUUUAAGGUUUACACAGUUCUCUCGUCUACACAAAAAAAAAGAAACACAUCACGUAAAGUAAAGUUUUCCAUUAUUAUUUUUUGCUAGGCUCUCUUUGUAACACAGAAGAAUCUCUCUCUCCACUCAAAGCAGAAAUAGUUCCUCAACUUUUGUUGUCCAUUAAGUAUCUUCCACGAGCGCAGAACAAUAGUGCAUCCCAAAAGAAGUCAGAAGAAAAUUGUCAUCCACUAGCGUUUAGUUCGCACACAUCACUCAAACACAGAACAAAAAUGUUCGCACACACUUGGCAGGAGACGAGGUUAGUUUAGCAGUCAGCCUCGAAACACGAUGAGAUAUAUUUGUAGAGGAAAAAUGAAAAGUGUAGAAUUUUGCCCCCCUUCCCACGACGCCCCCACACACGCGGGGUGAACAAAAUCUUCCACGAAGGAAGACGCGAAGUCAGCUCAACUGAAGAAAAAAAAAUAAAUGUGUAUUUUCAAGCGUGAAUACCGAAACAAACCAGGUGAGUUUUGCAGUACUAGAUUUCUCUACUUACAACACACACACAAAGCCCGGUCCCCCCUCCCGCUCAAAGGCAAAUAAUUUUAUAUUAAAAUUAUUCAAUUCUCCUCGAGAAUAGAACAAAAAAUCCUGCGUAGAGCACGCCCAACCAGAACGAGAGAGUCCACCACGACAUUGAAACCUUUUUUUAGCGAGUAGAGAACUAAAAACACACAAAAUCAGCCAAAGUUAUCGACUAACACAAACAAAUUCACUCACAAAAAGGUAAAAUGAUGAAACGAGUUCUGACUUCCCCUAGCCUUGCUGCUAUUGUAGUACUAGAACGGGCAGCUUCCCUUGAAAAGUGGAAAAAAAUAAGCAAAACCAGUGUGUUUCCAGUGUAAAAAAAAGAAUACUCAAAUGUUUUCCUCACGCUCGCACAAUUUUUGCAACAGAAUGUGCACAAAAAAUGUUAAAAUCACGAGCAAACAGAACAAGUUGUUUCGUUGAGAUUAAAUUUCUCAGUGUCAACCGUAAAUUUACGUUAACCUCACCCGAACGAAUUAUCCUUCUUUACACAUACUUUAUUAGUCAUAUAUUACGAUUAAUCUUACGUUUAGAUAGUUGUUGUUGUAUGGAAUUAACCAGUACCAGCGCACAAUCCAUCACUCACGCAAAUCCGCGCAAAUCGAAUACAAAACACACGUUGCAAAUCAGGGCAUUCUAUUGUUGUAAGAUUUUAAACCGUAGGUAAGUUUGUUUUCCGUGCGUUUUUCCAAACUCAACUCAGAUUUAUAAUAGUUUCAAGUUUUUUGAUAGGUUGUUUCAACUGCGAUAAUCUAGUACUACGCUGGUGAUCCAGUGCAGGGUUGCAUGCAAAUAUGCUGAAAAAUGAAGGGGCGUUUGUUGUGAUGAACUUUGAACUUUAUCCAAUCUAGUACUUCUUUUAAAACAUUGAAUAAUUCUGCGAAUGUUUUUGAUUUAAAUCCCUGGACAAUAUUUUCAAUUUAAUUAAAAAACAAAUCUAAAAAUAUUUUGAAAUUAAGAUUGUUAAUCUAGUACUUCAUUUUUAAAAAUAUUGGUAAAAUGCGAAUCGUUAUUGAACUUGAUAAAUGUUUGCCGAACAUAUAUUUUAUCCAAAUGAAACAAUUGUUUUAAGAAACACAUGAUUUUUUUAUAUAUUUUGACAACUCUGGAAGAAAAUAAAAUUUUCUCGUUUUUCAAUCGUUUAUAAUUCAUUAUUGUACUAAAUAGAUCUACUUAAAUUUCUUGAAACUUCGUUUAUUUUUCAAUAAUUUGAAAGCUUGUAACGGAAAGUCAUUUCUGCCACAAUGUUUUACUAAAUUUCAAAACAAUCCGCGAUCGCAUUGGAUUGCUGAAGUACUAGAACUUUGGAAUCAAGGACCUUUUCGUGGCUCCAAAAUUUGAAAAAGAUUUUUACACCAUUCCAUAUUUUAUGUUAGUAAUCACUGGCGUGCCCAGAUUAUCGAAGAAGGUGGAGCAAUAAUAUGGACAUUUAGAAAAAAAACGUCGUCCAAAUUUUGAGGAUGGUGGGACAGUUGCCCAAUCUUGCCCCACCCUGUGCACGCUAGUGUUAGUGAUCAAAUAUUUUCACGAUUUAUCGUAUUUUUAUAACAAAAUACUGAAACUUCAGUAAUGUGCAAUAUGGGUAUAAAACGAUGCGAAAUUUCGUGUUUAUUUUCGCCGUUUUAAAAGUUUUUUAUGUAAAAUACUAAAAUUUUAACAAAAUAUAUUUUUCGUAAAUAUUGAAAUUUCUUAAUUUGAAAUAUCACUAUCAAAUGAAGUAAAAUUGUGUUAGAAUAUCCACUGUAUAACAAUUUUUAGUGUGAAGUAACAUUUUUCAUAGAAUAUCGUAUUUUUUGUAAAUACCUCAAAUUGUCAUAAAUUACAGAAUGGGUAUCAAACGACGCAAAAUCUUGUAUAUAUUUUCACUACUUUAAUUUUUUUUGUGCAAAAUACAAAAAUUUUCAAGAAAAACAUUUUUUUCACAAAAUACUCAAUAUUUUAAAAAUACCAUAUAUUUUUGGAAAAUAUUUCAAUUUUAAUAAUUUGCAAUAUGGGUAUCAAAUGAAGCAAAACUUCGUAAAGAUUUCCAUUGUUUUGAAUUUUUUGUGUAAAACACUCAAAUUUUCACAAAAGAUCUGUAUUUUUCGAAAAUACUCAAAUUUUUAUUAUUUGCAAUAUGGGAGUCAAACGACGCAAAAUUUCGCAUGGUUUUCUACUGUUUUUAAUUUUUUUGUGUAAAACACUCAAAUUUUAACCAAAAAAUCGUAUUUUCUUAAGUACUUAAAAAAAUCAAACGACGCAAAAUUUUGUAAACAUAUCUACUGUUUUACAACUUUUGUGUAAAAUACUCAAACUUUCACAAAAUUCCUUUUUUAAUACUCAAAAUAAUAAUUUGCAAUACGUUAAACGAGGCGAAAUUUCGUGUAGAUUUCUACUGUUUUACCAUUUUUUGUGUAAAAUCCUCAAAUUUUCACAAAAAUCCGUAUUUUUUGAAUAAAUACUCAAAUUUUCAUAAAUUGCAAUAUGGGAAUCAAACGACGCAAAAUAUUGCAUAGAUAUCUUCUGUUUUACAAUUUUUUGUGAAUAAUACUCAAAUUUUCACAAAAAAUCGUAUUUUUCAAAAAUACUCAAAUUUUUAUAAUUGGCGACAUCUUGAAAAAAAUAAUAUUUCACAGUUAAAAUGAUAUUACAUAGAAAUUGUAUACAAAUAUCGCGUUUGUCACACUGAAAAUCUAUUCCAAAUGUAGCGCUAUUUGAAACUAUGAAAUUUUGAAACUUUUAGCACAAAUUAACAAAAAACGAAGUUGACUUUUAUAGCUGUCGGCCACCAUUGCUAGUACCAACCACUAGUGUCUUCCUUUUUAUCUACAAGGACUUCGCCGCCCUGGGCUCCUAAGUGUAUGAAAGUAUGGCACGGAGCGACGGCGCCGAAUACCCAUAUUUACACAAAGAAUUUUAGAGCGCCCGCCGCGGGAUUCGAACCGGCAAAUUAACAAAGGUAAUCUGUAAAAACCAAGUCCAACCACACGACAUUUUGAGUUAUUUGAUACUUUUUAUACUUUUCAAUGAUAUACGUUUUUUUUUUUUGAAAGUUUUAAUUUUUAACAUUGCCAUUUUUCAAACAUUUGAAACAUGGUUCGUUUGAUGAACCCCAUUUUUUUAAAAUACGGUAUCAUUUGGAAAAUUUGAAGUAAUUCUUUUAAACUUGUUCCUUUUUUGUGAAUCCUUUGCGGUUUGAGAAAUUUUCAAUUGAAUAAACUUAAUUUAGGAAAGUAAUUCAAAUGAGUUUUCGUCGGUUAUCGCCGAUAAAAUUAUCUUAUUUCAAAAACGAUAAAUUUUCGGCGAUAACCUUAUCGUUUAACAGCGCCUUGCAAACGCCCUUCAUCAGCAGCAUCGCCACCCCUUCCAACUGUUUGGUUAUUUCUAGUGUAAUAUUUCACACCUAUUUUCAUCGCACCCUAGGCAAUCGUUACAUCCUGCAAACAAGCGUUAAAAAUAUGAGAAAAUCUUCCAAUCAAAUUUCCAAACAUUCGAGUGCAGCUCAAGUGAAGAAUAAAAAUCCGGCUCAAAAAAAUUAAAAUUUAUACCGCUUAAGGUCACCAGGUGGUAAAUAUAAACAGUAGUGUAGGCAGUGCAGAAACGCGAGAGAGUAAAACCAAAACAUUAGAGAAGUAAAUGAUAUACGCUAGAUGGUAGGAACUAUGAUUAAAGUGAUUAACAGUAGAGGCGCGAAGGAGAGUGUGCGUGGAGGAAGUACCAGAAUUACGAAUACUAGUUGUGGAAGCUCUUCCCCCUUGAAAAAACAAAAAAAAACAUGAACAAAAACAAUGAACGUUGCGUUUCUCUAAGAACGCGUCAAGCAAAGCCAUAUUCGAUGUAAGGUCAGACAGCGCUGAAGUAAAACACGUGUUUUUAAAAGAAGUUUUUAUUUUUUGGUUAUAUAUUUUUUCGUUUUUACCUUCUAGACUAGGCGUGAUCACGUGUCACACACACACACAUACAAGCACAAGCAAGAAGUAGUAGAAGCAGAAGGAAGGAACAAUUCACACAAAUAUUAUUCUAGUGAUAAAUGUAGAAUCUUUCUCUUAGCCUUGUUCGCUGGCAACACUAGCUAGAAUGAGCCAUUUUUUAAAUCGAGCUUACACCACUGCUUUUCGACAUUGAUUUAUUUUUUAAAUUCAACUGAGUCAUCACAUAACAAGAAAAGAUAUUAGAUCAUAAAAUUAAGUGAUAGUAAUAAAAUGCUCUCUUCGAAACAUUUCAAAAUUUGUGUCUCUCUAAAGCUGCAAAAUAGCAACAACAAAAAAAAUCGUGAAUCUCUAUGGUGUUAGAAUUUUAUAAAUUUUUCGUGGAACCAACAACAACAAAAAAUCUAUUGCUGUAACUUCCCUGUUUGAUGAGUAAAAUAAAAGAAAGCAAAAAUCAUUGUAUCUAUAGUAAAAACAGAAAAAAAAAACCGAAACUUUAUCCAUGAGUCCUGUACAUAGUUGAGUGUCUAUAUUUUUGUCUCUAUACAAAAAAAAACGAUUUUAAAAGCGAAAGCGAACAAGUUUUCCAAAUCUCAAUCGAUAACCAAGCAAACAAAAACAAAAAAAAAACAACCAGCUCUGAUAAGCAAAUAGCGAGUGACCAGUGAAGCAGCUUUAGUGAAACUAAAAAGUCGUACAUUUAUAUACUCUUCCAGUCAAAGGCAAAAGUUUACAUAGAAUUACCAAACACACACCGAGACAACACAGAAAGUAGGCAAAAGAACAUCACACAAACUCAAAAAAACGGGAGAUUUUUGCUACGCAAGCAGUUGAAAAAGCUUGUGUGGUCUGAACGAGGUUAAUGGAAAGUGAAACGAAAUUAAGAAAAGUGGAAACAAACGCUAAACGUAAGCUCAAAUAUAUUGUCACAAAUUACAAAUAAUCGUAGCGCUUAGACAGGAAAAGUAAAUAUAAUAAAAAGUAGCAGGAGGACAAACCACGACAGAAGAUCUAGAAUUAGAGGUAAUUUUAAAUUUAAAGUAAAAACAAACGAGAAGGUAACAAACUUCUCAUUUUCGCCAAAUUAUUAUUACUAUAAAAAGUAUAUUAUAAUUAUAAACUCUACUCAUAAUGUUAUUAAAGGAAAGGUAAAAUAAAAAACCAGAUGGAACAAAAAACGCAUGCUCGAAAUAGAACAGAAGAAAAAUCUUAGAGACUCAAAGAAAACAAAAAUCUUGUAAUAAUAAAAACCAUAAUCAAACAAUAUUUCCACCCCCCUCGGCAACGAGAUAAACGAACAAACUCACAUACUUCCGCAACCACCCGAGAAAAAAAAACACAAAUAA